CCUAAAUAUGAAAUGGUGGCGUCCUGCACAGCACACCCUACAUCCUCCCAAAAAACGCUAAGCCCCUAAAUGUUUACUUAUGUUUCCUAUUUGGCAGAGGCAGCCCAAAAGGCAAAUAAAUCACAUGCUGAGCGCUGGCCAGGCCUUCCACUGUGAGAAACUGAGACUAAAAAGCAGAACAAGAGUUAAAGAGUAAAGGGUUUUCAGAUGUGCGUCCAGCCCCAGCUUGGGUGUGCUCCUUUUAUUUAGGGAGAAUGGAGAUCUUUGCAGCCUCCACCCCUUUCAAAAAGAGGAAGGAAAACUUGCUCUGGAGAAGGACGAGCUGCUGCCAAGGUGCAGGGCCAUCAGACAGAUCCUUCAGGAACAUCUGGUAGCAGCGGGGAACAUUGUUUGGACAUCUGGUGACCGAAGACGACACUGCGCCCAUUCCUUCCUGUUUUGUUUCCUGGCAUGCCUUGCUUAAGAGGUCUGACACGCUUAGAUCUGGGGGAAACGCACCUUUACUGGUUCUGUCUGACAUGAAGGGAGCACUUGGUUUCUUUGGGGUAUUCCUCUCCUUUCUCUCUGCGACUGCAGCCACAAACGAGUCCACUGUGACUUGUGGAAGCGGGCAAAUUUGUGAAUCGCUUUGCGGCAUUUGUGAGGAGGUUUUCGGAGGGCCAACAAUGGAUUGUCUUUCUGCCCUCUUUGAACAUUCAUGUCUGCCCAAGUUUAACUAUGCGAUGGACUUAAUGAACACAACGGACUGGUGUGUCUGGGGUAACGUGAACAGUUUAUACAGCAACUUAAGCCUUUGCACAGAAGAGAUGUCCGACUGCCUUCAGAUCCCGUGGCCCAACCCGCUGGUGGAAGAUUUUUUUGUGGAUAUUCACUCCGCAUAUUUUAAGGAGUGUCCCACAGAAGAGUUCAGUGACCCCACACCAGCAACCGUCUUCGCCCUGGUGAUCACUCCCAUCUGCCUGAUCCCCGUCAUGGUCAGCCUGGUGGUGCUCAAGACCAAAAAUGGCGACGGGAGCUCCUGAUGAUCCGGAAUCUACUUCCUGCUUUCUCUACCAGAACUAUUAGUGCAGCUUUGAAUCUCUGCAACUCACAACUCACCUGCAGAAGAAGAAACAAAACACAAAUUUAUGUUCUUUCUAAAAACUAUUUCUCAUUCUAUACUGUAUCACAUUUACUGUAUCUAAAGUUCUACGAUAAAGACUGAGACAAAACUUGUUUUUAACCACUCAAGUGAACUUUACUGAAUCACUCAGAGAACAGAGCUACGUUUAUACAUGUAGAGUGGAUCGUUUUUAUGACUAAAGCUGAGUGGCUUGCUGAUGAGAAAUAGAUGUAUUGGAUCUACAUUUUUUCACCUUUUUUGUGACAAAUCCAGUUGGGAGAUUCCUGGUUGAGCCAUCGUGUCUAGGAAGUUUGGAGUCAGAGGUUACUGUUGACACAUCAUGUUUGGAUGUGAUUGAUGAGGUUCACCUCCUGAUCUCUUUUUAAUGAAAUUGUUUUUUUUUUAAGACAAAACACCAAUAGUCUGUGUGCAACAGUAAAAUGCACUGAGUAAUGUCAACAUGACAAAAGUUUGUAUCUUUUACUUGCAUCAUUGCAUCAUGAUGGGUGUAGAUUGUUUAGUUUUGAAUGACGACAAGCUGUUUGCUUUCAGAAGUGGAACAAAAUCUCUAUUUAAUAUUUUAACUUUUGUUAUUUGGGGAAACUGAGAGAUCACAGUGCACUAUAUCUGUUCUUACUCUGUGUUACUUUUUAUUUUAAUCUUUAAAAACAAUUAAAUCUCCAGUUAAGUUUUUG